CGUCAUAUCCAAUCACGAGCGAGCAGAACCUCACCAGUUACACUUCCCGGAACAGGGAGGGGCUGGUACGUAUUGCCGUGGGUAUAAACACAAUCUCUGCAUUUUGGUUUGAUUAAGCCUCAUCGUUGCUGACCAGAAUGAUUGACGUUCGGGAAUGGGCAGAGUAUGUGGUGGAGUGGGCUGCCAAAGACCCCUAUGGUUUCCUCACCACUGUCAUACUGGCUCUCACACCUCUCUUCAUUGCCAGCGCACUGCUGUCCUGGAAACUGGCCAAGAUGAUCGAGGCACGUGACCGGGAACAGAAGAAAAAGCAGAAGCGUCAGGAAAACAUAGCCAAGGCCAAGAGGACCAAGAAAGACUGAGCCUGUGAGGGUACAAUGAGGGCAUAAGAAAGGAGGAGCAACCACCAUGCUCACAGCCCUCCUUACUCCAAAUAAUGACACAGUGCCCUUCCUUGUCCCAGCCCUACUGUCAGCACAGGGCCACUACGCCUCAUGUCCGGGGUAGGAGGAGGGACACUGGCUCCACAGUGCUGAGAUGGACAGUACUGCCCGGAGAAGGCUCGUCCCAGUGGGACUUCGGUCAGCAAGAGCACAGUGGUCAUCUGUAUGAUUUUUUUCUUUAGUUUUUUUUUUUUUUUUUUUUUUUUUUUAAGAGAGGUCCGCUGAUAAUAUUGUGCAGCUGUUGCAACACCUUGCAUUCCAUUGUUAGCGUCCAUGUUCUGCUGAAUUGACGAUGUAACGAGCAAUCUGGAACUUUUUCCAAGUCACUUGCAAAAUAUCCAAAAUACUACUUUCUAAUCAAUAAAGUUUUCAUGGUUGAUAAGAAAAUC